GUCGGUUUUGCAGCAGGUUUGCGGAGCUCCUGGAAGCCGCCACAGAUGUCUGAUGAAGGGCUUGUAAAAGUGUCCUACGUUUUCCCAAAUGGGGACAAAUAUGAGGGGGAGUGCAGCAGAUCUGAAUGUGGAGCGAUAGUGAGAAGUGGUAACGGUAAACACACCUCCGCAAGUGGUGUCACCUACAUCGGAGAGUGGCACGAGGACAAAGUGUGUAUUUGUUGUGUGUCGACCCACUGUGACAAAACACUGAGCGGCUGUAUGCUGCUUAGUCAUGCCCUCUCUCUGUGUCUGUCCCAGAUGCAUGGCAGAGGGACCUUGCAGCAUCCCUCUGGAGCAGUAUAUGAAGGAGAAUUCAAAGGCAACAUGUACCACGGCACGGGGACAUACACCUUCCCAGAUAAAUCAGUGUAUAAAGGUCACUUUCAAGAGAACAGAUGUUUCAACUGCUGUGUUGUAGGUUGGAGGGAGACGGGGCCUUUAUUAACGCACAGGGCCUGGUUUGGACCGGCGAGUUUCACGGGAAAGCAGCGCUGGGCCUCAAACUGCAACACAGCAUUUAGGCAAAACCAGCUUUUGUGCACUGCUCUGUAUAAAACAUUCUAUGCUCUGCAUUAAAAUGAAAUUGUGAUAGAUACUCAUGUGUACUGCUUUCACACGUUUUAAAUAAAUGUGUUUACUGUGCUAAA